AUGACGCCACCAGAAGGACAGCGUCGGAGAUUACGGUCGAAUCAUGCUUGUUUGAAUUGCAGAAGGAAGAAAACGCGGUGUCCAGGCGAGAAACCGGCCUGCUCGUGCUGUGUGCGGCUUAACCAGCCGUGCUCGUAUACGCCCGUCACGAGGACGUCAAUAGGCAGUCCUUCCAAAGAUCGGCUGGCAGAGCUGGAAGAAAAGGUCAAUCUCAUUCUAAAUGGCAAUAUACUAGCUCGAUCGACAGGUCCCGAGACAAAGCUAUCGCCACCAUCUCCGAGACGCCGCGAUUCUCACACCCCUUAUCCUGUACAAUCGGGACUAGGCGAGGGCACGACCCCUCACUCUUCACCCUCGGUCAUCGCCAGAGCUAUCAAUCUCUACGUGGAGCACUGUCACCGGCAACCGGUGUGGUGUUUCGACUUUGAUGGGCCAGGCGAGCCUGGCUCUCUCCCAGAAGAGCUGAUUUGUAGUCUGUUGGCACUCACCUUGCGCUACUUACAUGAGCAGGAGCAGGGCCAGCACUAUGCCGACGAUGCAAGGACUCUCAUCAUGCUGCGCGUUGCCAAUGGGACGGUGGAGCUGGCCACGAUCGAAAGUUUGUGUCUGCUGUCCUAUUCUUCUUUCAUCGAUGGCAAUACGCACCUCGGACAGUUCUACCUAGGCCUGGCGUCCCAGCUCUGUCGCGCGGCCAUGCUAGAUGUUGCGGUCGCCUAUUCCCCCGAGGAUCCACAUAUGGAGCGAAAGAAGCGGCUGUUUUGGAGUCUGCAGUUGCUCGAGCAAUCGUACGGCCGACAGACGGGCAUCUUACGCACAUCGACCGAGAUCUGGCGCCCGCCAUAUUUCGCGACGGAUGGCGACCAGGACAGCCACAAGGCGACGGGGCCUCCGCCGCCACCCAUGCCGCAGGACAGCGUGGGGUGCACGAACGCCCACGAUACAGGAAUCUGGAACAUGAGCAUUCAAUUCGGCUGGGUCUGGAGUAAUGUCAGGGGCUAUGUAUCGGACUGUGCGCGCAGCAAAAUGAAGGAGCCCUGGCGGCAUGAGUCAAUGUACUCGAUGAUACUGUCCGACCUCACGGAGAUCGAGAACCGGACGCCCCUCUGCCAUCGUUAUGAUCACGUUCAGUUCUACGAGCGUACUGGCGAGGAGCUAUCCUAUGAACUGGUCUACUGGGUACCCUGGUUGAAGUUGCAGUUCAUGUACCAUGCCAUCCUCACCGUCCUUAAUCACCCGUUUCUGUACAUCAUGGCCUCCCGCCAGAACCCCAACCUGGCCAUCCCGAACAGCUUCUGGCGACGGUCCUCGGAGCUGGUGGUGCUGCACGCCACCUGGAUUGUGCGCUUGAUCGACAUGGUGGUGGAGAAGGAGGUACGCCUGUCCGACCCCUUUUUCGCCCAUGUCGCCGCCAUUGCCGCCACUGUGCAGCUAUACUACUGCUGUGCCGGGGACCCCCGUCUGAAAUAUAAGUCGCGGGUGGACUAUGCCAAGUGCCGCCAGUUCCUGAGGACCUUUGCCACUACAUCGCGGGCCUGCGAGGGCUUGCAUCGCAUCCUCGACCAGAUGAUGCGCAUUGCAUCCGGCUCGGAGAAUGUCGACUAUGAGACCUGGCUCCCGUCCAAGAUCUACUUGAGUAUCCCACUCAUGUGGGACAUCCUACAGUUCAACGGCACGGAUCGGUCGGCGGGCGGGAGGGCAGACGGCCGCCUGCUGCAUUCCUCAUUGGCAGCAUCGGCGGUCGGGCAAGGCUCCGAAGAGGACUCGACGCUCGAGGUGAUUGUCACAACCUCGCCGGAGGUGACGGUCAACACCGCCGACGGGGGUCAGGCGGUGCCUCUGCCUCUGUAUCGGACGCCAGCGACCACCAAAGCUAACGCAGCAGCUACCUCUGUAGUGCGUGACACCCUCAUUGCGCCGAUUGACAGUCUGAUGGUCAAUACUCCAUGGCUCUGGGCCGACUCGGCUCCACUGGGCGACAUGGAGAGUUCCCUGGGAUACGCCAACUCCGGUCCGGGCGGCGGAGAUGCGGAAUUUUCGUCAUGGUGGAAUUUAGGAAACCUAUGA